GAAUGCCAUCCAACGGCAAAGCGACAUUUUCAUCGAAAGUUCUACAAGUUCGUUGUUCGUUGAGGUACAUUCCUGUGCCUGUUCGUACUUUCGACGCAUGCAUACGCAUGUCCUCCUAAGGGGACAGUUAAUGGUGACCCUUGAGAUCCCCUCUGACCUACAAGCAAGCACAUACUGUCUUAGUUGGCCAGUAACAGAAACCACACGAUGUCGGAGCCUUCACAAGCUCCGGAUGAAGACAAGUCUCCUGGUACUACAACGCCCAACACGAAGCCGUCAUACCGAGUGAAGAAGUCGAGACUUAAGAAAGAUGGCACACCCUAUAAACCCAGAAAAGGAUGGGGACCCUAUCGCUCGAUUCCCAACGAACGCUCCGUGGCCUUCAACCUGCAGCUGGACGUGCAGAAUUUGCAACAAGAAGUGCGUAAUUUACUAGCGCUACGUGAGAUCCUACAGACCAAAACUCUGGUGCAACGCCAUACCCCCGAAGGCUCACUCACGAGACUUGUGAACGAGUAUCUCUACGUGUUCCGCAAAGGGGUUGUCCCUCAACAAUCUGGACGGAAAAAUCGAGACCAAAGGGCGUUUAUGCACAAUGUUAUGGACCCGGACGUGGAACUGGGCCCCGGACUCCCCCGAGGCCCCGACGUUAUCAUGGAUCAGAUGGUCAACUACACCAAUUUCUUGCGUUUUAUCUCGUUAAAAGGGGUCGUAGACAGUAUUGUCGUUGCCGAAGACUCGGUGUUGGUCUCGGAUGCGGCCUGGUUCUCGUUUCAAGUCACUCGUAGCACGAUCAAGAUGAUAUUCCCUCAUAUCAUGGGCCACGAGUGGCUCGUAGCGAUGCUCGUGGGGCAGCAAGUGGAAGCUCAGGGGAGAUCUACUUUCCACUUCAACCCAGCGGGCAAGUGUUACAGAUACGACGUCGAAAUGAACUUUGUGGGGGCGUUUUUGAGCAUUGUCAAAGAUCCACGAGUCGUGGAUAUGCUCCUCGGGCGCGCAUUAAUAUCGUACAAUGGAAUGCUUUGUGUCGCGAAUGAGGGUGAAGAGGAUGAAGAGAAAGCGCCUGUCCCUCUUCAAGAUAAUACUCUCUCUAACACGACUGGAGGCAGCACUGUCAACACAGUGCAAACUUCUCCUACAAUUGAAUUCUGUCAAAGAACUGUAGAGGACUAUUUCGCCGCUUUCGCAGCCGGUUACGAACAAGGCACCACGGAAUAUUCCGGAGCAUCACAGCGUGAUUUCUUCUUGUAUCGCUUUAACUCGAGGCAGGCUGGCACGAUGUCGACUGUGGCUGACCAAGUGAGAGAGCGUUGGUACGCACUCAGUGAAUGUUUCGAGGUGCUGGCAUUUCAGCAGAAAGGACCUAUUCAAACGGAGUUAGAUGACACUAGCAGCUCGUGUUUGGUCGAAUCAAGCGCGACGUAUGCCCUUCGUCUCACAUUCCAUACCAUCCAGUCCGUGUUUCCACACCUCGUCUCCGACACACAACUGCGCAACACUCUAAUUGGCAAAGUGCUCACGGUGCCAUCUCAGAUUAUCUUCUCGAUUGAGAAAACUACGGGUUACAUUUCAAGAAUUAGUGAGUGGAUGGACUUUGCAGUCGCGAUGGCUGAUAUUAUCCCGGAUCCGUUAGAUCUCGCGCUGGUUAUGUCACAGGCAAAGCUAGCUUUAGAUGGCGUGGAUUUUCAGCAGACUUCGUUCAUCAUGGCUUCACGCUCUCAGGGUCAAACGCACACUGACAAUCUUGAAAGACAGCAAAACGAUAUGCACACUGGAACUGGUUCACGCACAAUGCGAAUCGCAGAUAUUCUCGACUGAGUAAGUGCACAACAAUGAGGUAUAACGCACAAGAGCUCAGGCCAGACAGAGUCACUAUACAACUAAUACAUCGGCUUGUGGCGCCUUGGGGGGUGGGGAGGGGGAGGAGGCAUUAGUUAUGUGUACAUGUUUGAUUAAUAAAUCGUCGUGCCACUUCAUAAGGCGUGGGCAUUGUUUAUGAAAAAC